GGGCUUUACCAGGACCAGAUGCUGAGGAACUACCAAGCCCUCGUUUCCCUGGCAGGAUAUCGAGGCCCUGCUCCUGACUUGAUCUGCCGCAUCCAGCGAGGACAGGUGGAGCUCUGGGUCCGUGAUGAUGAGGACCGUGGGGAAAUGCGGAAGUCGGAGGAUGUGCUGCCAGGACAUGCCUGGUUGCUUAGCAGACCUGAGGAGCAGGCUCCUGAGGAAGGGCCUGGAAAGCUUAAGCCACCAUGGGCUUCCCUGCGGAGUAUGGGUGAGGUGGAUUCCCUGAGCCCAGGGAAGGACCAAUGGCACAAGGGUCAGGGGAUGCCCCAAAAGCAGGAGAAUGUAGCAGUGAAUGUGGUCCCAUCUCUAGCUGGGCAUUGGAGUGAAGAAGGGAAAGAAGCCAGAAACAGCCCAAGGUGCAGGGAUGAAUAUGUCAUGCUGAGACACCUGAAGAGGCAGAAAGCAAAGGUGCAUUGGAGAGAGACACUGCAUGCAAACCAAGACAGUGUGGGGGGCCUCAGAGGGAAGCAGGAGCUCACUGCCAAUCCCAGUGGGAGAGCCCACUCCUGCCCUCAGUGCAGGAAAAGGUUUAGCUGCGCAUCGCGCCUGGCUCUGCACAAGAUAAGGCACGCUGGGGAGAAGGCCCGUGUACGCGCCACGUGUGGGAAGAGCUUCACCUGCCUCUCGACCCUGGCUGCUCACCACCAGGUCCAUUCUGGACAGCUCCCCCACCGCUUCACCAAAAGGGGGAAGAGCUUUGUGCUGCUCAAAACCCAGGAUGUGCACAGGAAGAAGCGUCAGUACUGCUGCGUCACAUGUGGUAAGACCUUCACCCACUUCUUCUCCCUGGUUCAGCACCGGCGCAUGCAUUUGGGGAGGAAGAUGCACCGCUGCACUGAGUGCAGGAAGAACUUCAUCAGCUGGCAAGGCCUGUCCCAGCACCGGUGUGUGCGGAGGAGGCAGCAGCCACACUGCUGCACAAAGUGUGGGAAGAGCUUCAGGCAGCCCUCCAGCCUGGCCAGGCACAGGUGCAUGCACACACGGGAGAAGCCUCAUCAUUGCUCUGUGUGUGGGAAGAGCUUCAUCUCCUCUUCCAAGCUGGCCCAACACCAGGUUGUCCACACAGGGGAGAAGCCACAUCAGUGCACAGCAUGUGGGGAGAGCUUCAACCACUCUUCCACCCUGGCCCGGCACCAGCGCAUCCACACAGGGGAGAAGCCGUAUCAGUGCUCUGAGUGUGGGAAGAGCUUCAGUUAUUCCUCCAACCUGGCCCAGCCCCAGCGCGUCCACACAGGGGAGAGGCCAUAUCAGUGCUCUCUGUGUGGCAAGAGCUUCACCCAGUCCUCCAGCCUAGCCCAGCACAAGCGCAGUCACACAGGGGAGAAGCCACAUCAGUGCUCUGAGUGUGGGAAGAGCUUCAGUUAUUCCUCCAACCUGGCCCAGCCCCAGCGCGUCCACACAGGGGAGAGGCCAUAUCAGUGCUCUCUGUGUGGCAAGAGCUUCACCCAGUCCUCCAGCCUAGCCCAGCACAAGCGCAGUCACACAGGGGAGAAGCCACAUCAGUGCUCUGAGUGUGGGAAGAGCUUCAGUUAUUCCUCCAACCUGGCCCAGCCCCAGCGCGUCCACACAGGGGAGAGGCCAUAUCAGUGCUCUCUGUGUGGCAAGAGCUUCACCCAGUCCUCCAGCCUAGCCCAGCACAAGCGCAGUCACACAGGGGAGAAGCCACAUCAGUGCUCUGAGUGUGGGAAGAGCUUCAGUUAUUCCUCCAACCUGGCCCAGCCCCAGCGCGUCCACACAGGGGAGAGGCCAUAUCAGUGCUCUCUGUGUGGCAAGAGCUUCACCCAGUCCUCCAGCCUAGCCCAGCACAAGCGCAGUCACACAGGGGAGAAGCCACAUCAGUGCUCUGAGUGUGGGAAGAGCUUCAGUUAUUCCUCCAACCUGGCCCAGCCCCAGCGCGUCCACACAGGGGAGAGGCCAUAUCAGUGCUCUCUGUGUGGCAAGAGCUUCACCCAGUCCUCCAGCCUAGCCCAGCACAAGCGCAGUCACACAGGGGAGAAGCCACAUCAGUGCUCUGAGUGUGGGAAGAGCUUCAGUUAUUCCUCCAACCUGGCCCAGCCCCAGCGCGUCCACACAGGGGAGAGGCCAUAUCAGUGCUCUCUGUGUGGCAAGAGCUUCACCCAGUCCUCCAGCCUAGCCCAGCACAAGCGCAGUCACACAGGGGAGAAGCCACAUCAGUGCUCUGAGUGUGGGAAGAGCUUCAGUUAUUCCUCCAACCUGGCCCAGCCCCAGCGCGUCCACACAGGGGAGAGGCCAUAUCAGUGCUCUCUGUGUGGCAAGAGCUUCACCCAGUCCUCCAGCCUAGCCCAGCACAAGCGCAGUCACACAGGGGAGAAGCCACAUCAGUGCUCUGAGUGUGGGAAGAGCUUCAGUUAUUCCUCCAACCUGGCCCAGCCCCAGCGCGUCCACACAGGGGAGAGGCCAUAUCAGUGCUCUCUGUGUGGCAAGAGCUUCACCCAGUCCUCCAGCCUAGCCCAGCACAAGCGCAGUCACACAGGGGAGAAGCCACAUCAGUGCUCUGAGUGUGGGAAGAGCUUCAGUUAUUCCUCCCAGUUGGCCAAGCACCAGCGCAUCCACUCAGGAGAGAGGCCAUAUCAGUGCUGAGUGUGGGAAGAGCUUCACCCAGUCCUUCCAACUGAGCAACCACCAGCGCACCCACACAGGGGAGAAGCCAUAUCACUGCUCUGAGUGUGGCAAGAUCUUGAC